GUUGUCACACAGCACACCGCACCAAAAUGACGAUCUCCGUAGCAACCAGCAGUGCGGAGAUGGAGCGCCUGAGCGCGGCAAGGGAAGGCUGGAGGCCCACCCAGGCCACGAUAUGUGGAGGAGGGAACGGUGCCCAUGUCGCUGCGGGUUUCUUGGCUUCUCGUGGCGUCAGGGUAAACGUCUUCACUCGACAGUCCAAGCGCUGGGGCGACGCCAUCACCCUGUCCACGGAAGGCAGUAGCUGGGAGAAGCGAGGGAAGAUCACCGGGGCCCUGAACCUGGUUACCGGGGACGCGUCCCAGGCCUGCGCGGGCUCAGAGGUGGUGAUCAUUGCGGCGCCCGCCAACGCCCACCCCGACCUCCUUCGUGCGGUGGCCCCUUUCGUAGACGACGGUGCAGCAGUGGGUGCACUCUUCGCACAGGGCGGUUUCGACUGGGCUUGCGUACACUCGAUGGGGUCACACGUUAACCGCGUGGGAUGCCUUUUCGGACUCCAGAACAUCCCGUGGAUUUGCAGGAUCAACGAGUACGGGAAGUCGGCUAUAAUCGUGGGUCCAAAAAAGAAGCUUUACGUGGCGUCCUACCCCGUGGAACAGCGGAACGAGAUGGCCCUCAGGGUUGAGGCCAUGUUCGACAUCCCCUGCGGAACGGUCCCCAACUUCCUUAACCUCACGCUGACACCGUCCAACCAGAUCUUGCACCCUGGUGAGGUGGGACUCGGCGCGGUUUGUGGGAAGACAACGAGGGCGUACAGACUGUUGUUCAGCCUUUUGAGGGUCUCACGCCACUCGGCUAAUCCGAGUAUUAUGUAUCGUUCCCAGUGCACUGGUGAGAGAAAGGCCACGGUGUAUUUGUGUGUAAUGUGGAGGGCAAUCGGUUUGUGAUCGUGAGCGCGCCAUCAACUUCCGGCAACGUAGACAUCUCUGCGGCGUUUUCGUGGUUUGUUGCUGAGAGAAACGCAGUGCGCAUCCGUGGUAUGGUGCUGCAAGAGCAUGACUAUUCUUACUAUACUACCGUGACAUGCGUUUUCUGCCUGCAUUCACGGAUGCCCUACGAGCUCCCCGACGCAUUCUCU